AAUACCUCCUCCUACUACGUACCUUAGUCCCUCAUCGCACACCACACGCGACUAAUUAUUGUAUUGGUAAUAGAGAGAGGGUACCUAGGGAUUCAUCUUUUUUCUCGACCUUGACAGCAUACCUACCUUGGACAGACUCGGACCUUGGUCGAUCCACCGAUGGCCACCUGUUUUACCCUUGCCCUGCACCAGCGGAACGGAGCCAACGACUCAUUCAUCAUUACUCGUCGCAUCGCAUCUACUUGCACUCACUCCCCUACCUCCCCCUACCUACGCUAAACUAGGUUGGCUUCUCGGCGUUGGGGCCGCCCGGUUCAGUCUCGUUGCAUCCCCGAUCUGUAAUUGACCAGGCCAUGUCAGACAAACCCACCUAGUUGGGUAAUUCGGGGUUCCCUUGUCGUAUCUUGUUUAGGCUUGGGUAUACCGAGCAUUAAGUAUUAAGUGUUAUUACCAUGAUCACCCCACGGUCCUUUCUUCACACCCGCAGGCCUUCGCCAUCACCUUUCACCCAAGCCGGUCCGCCAUCUCUUGUACCUGCAUCACCAACCACGCAAUCACGUCAAUCAUUUCCCAGAAAGUAUGACUUUUCAACCCGCCCUCUGCGAGCCUCGGAACAGCAACCUCUGGAAGUAUUUAUAGACAACACAACAACUAGUAGAGCAAUAUUAUCACCGUCAGAUACAUUCUCUCGCGAGGUCACUAACACACCAUCGAUUGCCAUGGCUACUACAAUAGCACCACGACCGAUUACGCCUUCAAGCGCCGUACAAAUCCCCACCAAGCAGAAGCAUCGCCUCCGGAAGACCAACGAUCGGGCACGGUCUUCGUCCGCCCGUGGAGCUGCAGAUGUUCACUCACCCGAUGCCGUACCACCCGCAGUCGCUGCUCUUCUUGCCAUCACCAAUAUUCCACCUCCAAAGCGUAGGAAAAGUCUACAGAGAAAGGAGCAGAGGGAUCCACGGAUGACAGUAGAUUCUAUCGUACCGCGUUCCAAAGUUUCAGAAAAGGAUCUCAGUCAGGAAUUACGCUUCGAUUUGGGUGAUGAUCUGAGUCUGUCCUCGUUUGAGCGCAGCCCUUUGGAAUUUCUGCUCACUCCCCCUGAUGCACUUGAAGUGGAAGAUGCCUUGCUGCAGACCGAUAGCGGGUUUGCAUCUCCUUAUUCUACACGAACUCAGUCCUUCGACAGUCUACCCUCCCUAGGCGAUUCUCUGUCGCAAAGUGUGAUCCCAUCAGCCGACUCACCUAUCACUCCCCGAGGGGGGAGGAUGCGUUCGCCGAGGCGGUCACUAGAGCCGGUAACCACACCGCCUGGGGAGUUGCCGAGCGAUCCAUUAUCAAAAGUGGCUAUAGAGAACGAUCAGCUCGACUUCACCGCCAAGCCCAAUCUACCAGUCGACAAGCAAGCGCAGACUAUUUUGCCAUUCAAAUCCGUUUUCAAAUCGAAUCUGACGGCAUCACUUCGUGCAUUGCGAUCGGCUGCCCGAACUUUAUCUACAUUUACCGCCUCUUCUAUUCCUCCCGAUGACUUUCUUACGAGGUCAAUACUCACUAUCGACCCGAGGGUCCCAUUUACAGAUGAAAGGAGGCCGCCAGUUCUGGAAGAGGAACCCAGUGAGGCCAUGCGGCGGUAUUUGAACCCCUCCAGCAACGUUCGGCCUGAGGCGCGAGGCGCCUCAUCUGUUCGCAGCUACACAGCAUCAAUCCAGAUGCAAACGUACAAAGUACAGCGCUCAAGAGGAGUGCCAAGACCGGCCCGACAGACAGCACACAACUCCAACACGGACAGAUCGUCAAUGGUGCCACUGCUCCCACCCGGCCCACGUCAAAGAGAGAUGCGCGAAAAUCCAGAUUUCAUUCGCAUUGCGGUUAUGGAGCAUCUCAUGAGGAAGAGGGGCAAAUUGGACGACUCGAGAGAAGGUCACGCGCGCUGGUUGCUGCCCCCUAGGAAAGCAGUCACAAAGCCUUACGAGAUUGGUGCCAGUGGCGUCCCGGUACGGUGGAUUGCGACGUUGCAGGAGGACGACUAGUCAAUUUACCGAGGUGCAUGUCUCCUAGUGAUUUGCCACUCGUCAGCCUCAAUUUCGUCACACUUACGUACUGAAGACGCCAAUUGGAAUGUAAACAAUACUACAUACAAUUGGCACAGACCACAAUCGCGCGUCGCUUACCUCGAUGGGUCGAUUACAAUAAUCUUUUUCAGCUUCGCAACAAGACUCAGCGCUUCCUUGUCAACGGAUCCACCCGGCAUAGCCAAGAGGCGAAUCCCGCUCUAUCCAUUACUCAAUCGUGCCCGAUCUCGCAAUUCGCUCCAGCCCACAAAAAGAUUCUAGAAAACAGCGCUCGAACACACUAGUGCUGUUGGGCUUCUAUCAAGAUGGAGUAGCUGCUUCCAAAUGCCGAGAUCACAAUCAAGCUCCUUCUGUUCGACCUACUAGUCAUAAUCUAGCCUGAAAUAAAAUCUGCCUUGACCGCACGCUCUUCGAAAACAACUCAGGCCCACAAAAGGUCUCGCCUACGUCGGUGGCAUGAGCAGAUUUCUUGAAUUCGGCUCUAUAGCCCCUGCAAGGAUGAAUUUUGAGUCCACCACAGCUUUUACGAUUUGCUAGCGAGCACGGACACGCGAUGCCUUGGCGGAUAUGUCCACGUCAGAGGCACCCGCAGAUGAGGGUAUUGAGCCUAUG